AUGUCUUCAUCAUACCAACAAGACUCGCAGCAGCGAGACACUCCUCAGUCUCCCGGACGUGAGCAGGAGAACCAGCAGGAGCAGGGCAACGACAGCAACCCUUUUAACCAGAACCAGGGCGACAACCAAGAAGGCAACCAGGGCCAGGAGCAGGAGCAGAACCAAGAUGCUCAGCAGCAGCCAGGUCAAUCUGAGUCUGAGAAGAAGCCCGAGGAGGCUGGGCAGGAGGAGUCUAAGGAGGGAGACAAGGCCGACCCCGAGAACGCAAAGGCUGAGACCCCCGACGACAAAGAGUCAAAGCCUGAGCAAGCACAAGCCGAAGACUCCAAGCCCGAGGAUUCUAAGCCUGAGGAGUCAAAGCCAGAAGACCCCAAGCCUGAACAAGCCAAAGCCGAGGAGUCAAAGCCUGAGGAGUCAAAGCCUGAGGAGUCAAAGGCCGAGGACAAGAAGCCUGAAGAAUUAAAGAAGGAGGAGUCCGAGUCCAAGCCCGAGCAGGCACAGGCACAGGCCGAACAGAAGACCGAAGAGGCCAAGCCCGAGAAGCCUAAGCAGAGGAAGCCUCCCGUCAAGGAAGAGAGCGAGAGUGAGAGUGAGAGCGAAUCGGAGGACGAUGACGAGGAUGACUUUGACUCUGAGGAUGACUCGGAAGAAGAUUCCGAGGAAGACUCCGAAGACGACUCCGAGUCGGAGUCGGAGUCUGAAGAGGAGAACGAGCCUGCUACUCCUCCUCAGCCAGAAGCCGCCAAGCGCCAGGGCGACAGACGAAGCAACACAAAGUCAAAGGUUAACGAUUUAAAAAAGAAGCGUCCCGCGUGGCUCGACGAGGAGUCUGACGAGGAGGGCCGAAAGGAUUGGUCAAAGAGCGACGACAAGAAGAUGCAGUUGACGCAGAAGCAGCGCCAGCAGCAGCAGAUGCAACAGCAGCAACAACAACAGCAGAUGCAGCAACAACAGCAGCAACAGCAGCCGCAAGGAGGAGGUGGCGGUAAGAGCGACGCCCUCAGUCUGCAUCUCGAGCUCAACCUCGAGAUUGAGAUCGAACUCAAGGCUAGAAUCCACGGUGAUUUGACACUGGCACUCCUGUAA